UGGAGUGAGCUUUUGGGAAGUGUAGGUGUUUUCCUCGUUUUGCUUUGAUGCGUGCCUCCUUUUCUCUGCACCUCGGUUUCCUUCUGACAGUCCGUGUCUGCCUCAGGGCUCUUUGUCCGCGCCUCUCCUACAUAUUGGCAAUCUCUCCCCUUCUUGAGGUUGGCAUGAAGAAGCAGCUGGGUCGGCCAGCUGGAGGUCUGCGUGGUAGAGGGAACUCCAGGCGCGCCUCUGAACGCCGUUGGAAGAAGCCAGUGUUGCUAAGACGGGGCCACCGCAGAAGCAGGGAGAGCCCAGUGGGGUAGGAGGCGACCAGUGCCCCUCGCCCUUCUCUGAGACACCAUGUUCAACUCUAUGACUCCACCACAAGUCAAUAGCUAUGGUGAGCCAUGCUGUCUCCGACCCCUCCCCAGCCAAGGGGUCCCCAGCUCGGGAACAGAAGGACUUCCUGGUUUGCACUUUUGCCACCAAGCCAACUUUAUGUCAGGGCCCCAGGGUUAUGGGUCUGCCAGGGAGACCAACGGCUGCACUGAGGGGCCACUCUUUCCUCCUCCCCGGAGUUCAGUCAAGUUGACAAAGAAGCGGGCGCUCUCCAUCUCACCGCUUUCUGAUGCCAGCCUUGACCUGCAAACAGUUAUCCGCACCUCACCCAGCUCCCUUGUGGCUUUCAUCAACUCACGCUGCACAUCUCCAGGAGGGUCCUAUGGCCACCUCUCCAUUGGCACCAUGAGCCCGUCUCUAGGCUUCCCACCGCAGACAGGUCACCAAAAAGGAACCUCGCCUUCCUAUGGAGUCCAGCCCUGUGUUCCACAUGACUCUCCUCGGGGUGGAAUGAUGCUUCACUCUCAGCCCCGGGGACCACGCCCAGCCUGCCAGCUGAAGUCAGAGUCGGACAUGAUGGUUGGCAAGUGUCCAGAGGAGUCUUUGGAGGGAAACAUGUCCAGCCCCAACUCCACAGGCACACAGGAGCACCUGCUAGGGAUGCUGGAUGGGCGGGAGGACCUGGAGAGAGAGGAGAAACCUGAGCCAGAGUCUGUGUAUGAGACCGACUGCCGCUGGGAUGGCUGCAGUCAAGAGUUUGAUUCCCAGGAGCAGCUGGUGCAUCACAUCAACAGCGAGCACAUCCACGGGGAGCGGAAGGAGUUCGUGUGCCACUGGGGGGGCUGCUCCCGGGAGCUGAGGCCCUUCAAAGCCCAGUACAUGCUGGUGGUGCACAUGCGCAGACACACGGGGGAGAAGCCGCACAAGUGCACGUUUGAGGGGUGUCGGAAGUCGUACUCACGCCUAGAAAACCUGAAGACGCACCUUCGGUCGCACACGGGUGAGAAGCCUUACAUGUGUGAGCAAGAAGGCUGCAGCAAGGCCUUCAGCAACGCCAGCGACCGCGCCAAGCACCAGAACCGGACCCACUCCAAUGAGAAGCCGUAUGUGUGCAAGCUCCCCGGCUGCACCAAGCGCUACACUGAUCCCAGCUCGCUCCGCAAACAUGUCAAGACGGUGCACGGGCCUGAUGCCCACGUGACCAAGCGGCAUCGAGGCGAUGGCCCCUUGCCGCGGGCGCCGCCCCUCUCCACGGUGGAGCCCAAGCGGGAAAGGGAAGGCGGAGGGUCCAUCAGGGAAGAUGGCAGACUGACUGUGCCCGAGGGAACCAUGCCACAGCAGAGCCCGGGAGCGCAGUCCUCCUGCAGCAGUGAGCACUCCCCAGCAGGCAGCGCGGCCAACACAGACAGCGGUGUGGAGCUGACUGGCAACGCAGGGGGCAGCACGGAGGACCUGUCCAGCCUGGAUGAAGGACCCUGUGUCGCGGCCACUGGGCUCUCCACUCUCCACCGCCUGGAGAACCUCAGGCUGGAUCAGCUGCAUCAGCUCCGGCCAAUAGGGUCCCGGGGUCUAAAACUGCCCAGCUUAACCCACGCCGGCGCGCCUGUGUCUCGCCGCUUAGGCCCCCAGGUCUCCCUUGACCGCCGCAGCAGCAGCAGCUCCAGCAGCUUUAGUUCUGCUUACACAGUCAGCCGCCGGUCCUCCUUGGCGUCCCCUUUCCCUCCAGGAUCCCCACCAGAGACCGGGGCCUCAUCGCUACCUGGCCUCACACCUGCCCAGCACUACAUGCUCCGGGCAAGAUACGCCUCGGCCAGGGCAAACGGCACCCCACCCACCACAGCUCAUAGCCUGGAUCGGAUGGGGGGUCUUCCUGUACCUCCUUGGAGAAGCCGAGCUGAGUAUCCAGGAUACAACCCCAAUGCAGGGGUCACCCGGAGGGCCAGUGACCCAGCCCGGGCUGCUGACCACCCUGCUCCAGCCAGAGUCCAACGGUUCAAGAGUUUGGGAUGUGUCCACACGCUCCCUAGCAUAGCAGCAGGGCGGAACUUUGAGCCCCACCUCCCCACCUCUGUCUACUCACCACAGGCCCCCAGCAUCACUGAAAACGUUGCUAUGGACACAAGAGGGCUACCGGAGGAGCCAGAGCUUGGAACUUCUGUGAUGGGCAAUGGUCUGACCCCAUGCAUGGACUUUUCAUCUGUUGAUACUCUGAGAUAUGGAGCCCCUGAGGAGACAGCGGCUGAGCCAUAUGGAGCUAGGGGUCCAGGCUCCCUGCCUCUUGGACCUGGUCCACCAACCAACUAUGGCCCUAGCCACUGUUCCCAGCAGGUCUCCUAUCCUGACCCCACCCCAGAAACAUGGGGGGAGUUUCCUUCCCAUUCUGGGGUUUACCCUGGCACUAAGGCUCCGAGUGGAGCGUAUAGCCAGUGUCCUCGACUUGAACACUAUGGACAAGCGCAGGUAAAGCCAGAGCAAGGGUGCCCAGUGGGGUCUGGCUCUGCUGGAUUGACACCUUGCCUCAAUGCCCACCCCAGUGAAGGGUCCCCAGGCCCACAACCUCCAUUUUCCCAUUAUCCCCAGCCUCCUCCUCCACAGUAUCCCCAAUUAGGUCCCUAUCCUCAGCCUCCCCAUGAUUAUCUUUCAUCAGAAUCCAGGCCUGACCUCAACUUUGAACCCCCCUCUCCUUCCACAGGACAGCUCAAAGCUCAGCUCGUGUGUAAUUAUGUUCAGUCACAGCAGGAAUUGCUGUGGGAGGGUAGAAGCCGGGGAGGACUCCCCCACCAGGAACUUCCCUAUCAGAGCCCCAAGUUUCUGGGGGGUUCCCCAGGUAGUCAGAGCUCUACAAAAGCCCCAGCAGCUGCAUACGGAUCUGGCUUUGCUUCUGCUUUGGCCAAUCACAAGUCAGGCUCUUAUCCUACCCCUUCCCCAUGCCAUGAAACUUUUGAAGUGGGGGUAAACCGGCCUUCCCAUAGGCCAGUGGCACCCCCCCGGCUUCUGCCUCCACUGCCUCCUUGCUAUGGGCCCCUCAAAGCAGGGGAUGCCAACCCUAGCUGUGGCCACCCUGAAGUGGGCAGGUUAGGAGCUGGCCCUGCCUUGUACCCGCCCCCUGAAGGGCAGGUGUGCAACCCUCUGGAUUCUCUUGAUCUGGACAACACUCAGCUGGACUUUGUGGCUAUUCUAGAUGAGGCUCAGGGGCUGAGUCCUCCUCCUUCCAAUGAGCAAGGGGACAGCUCUAAAAAUACCCCACCUCCCUCUGGGACCCCCAAUAUGGCAGUGGGUAACAUGAGUGUCUUACUGGGGUCUCUACCUGGAGAGACACAGUUCCUCAACUCUAGUGCCUAA